AUGGUGGAGAUUGAAGUGCCGGAGGACAUGGUUACUUCGGAAACGAUGACACCAUCUGACCUCAUAAGUUCAACAGCGAAAGGUGUUAGCUCUUCUGCAGUCCCUUCAGAACUAUUUAUGUCCAGCACUGCUCCAUCCGAGAGCACGGAAGCCUCAUCAACUCCAAAAGAGUUAAUUACCACAGCAGAUAUAACUCAAGCUUCCACUAUUUCCGAGAAAACGAUGACCACCUCGGAAAAUGCGGUGAAGGAAACUUCUCCUUCACUUUCUACUACAAGUGUAUCCGCUGGCUCCAGUGCGGUAUCUCCUAGAGUCACAACUCCUUCCCAGCGGUCAACUUCUGAGUUUUCUCGAGCGGUAUCAGGCCAACCACCUUCUGAAUCAACUCCUUUAUCCAUUGGCAAAGAAUUUCCAGGUUCUAGCGUAACCACCGCUACUCCCAAAGAGCAUGUCUCUAGUGCUGCUCCCGAAAUUGAUGUAUUGGAUCGAUCAACUUUAACUACGCCUAUGCUGACGGUAACUGAGGUUGCAGCAACCAGUCAGAGGUCCCUCCCUUCGGAGAAGUUUAAUGCAACUACCGAAGAACCUAAAACUUUCCCAACUGCGAGCACGUCAGAACGGGACGCCGAGCCCACUGGGACACCAAAAUCUUCUAUUUCUCCCUCAGAAGUUGGGCCAAGUUCUACAACACUGAGCACAACAGUCAUA